AAUAUAUCAGAAAAAAUAAUUUUACUUUGGUUGGCACGUUGAUCCCUUAAUACAAUGUCGUGGUCAUAACAGCUGAGAUGUUUUCUUUAAUUAUGCAGAUAACUGUGCACAUAUUCGAAUCGUACAUGUUGGCUCUCCACAAUAAACAACUGACAUUAAAGAUAUCUAGUGGUAUACGAAGGAGGUCGGAGCAGACUGUCCACUUGUUGCAUUUGACAUAGGCUACCACCUCGUAAUAAUUGCGACUGAUUUGGCCCUGAGAAGAUAACAAGAAUCGCUUGAACGGGUUCGCUCUGCCGUGACGUAACAGGUCUGGAGCUGGCGAGCCCAAGCCGGAGGCGCCGUGAGGGGAGCGAAACGAGACACGCACCGCGUAGAGAGCGCUCGAGUGCCGGAGCUCGGAGAGAUUGGGACGUCGUCAAACCUUGAACUUGGGUUACAUAAGUAGUAAACAGUUAGGCCGCGACAGUUGUGCAUAGUAACUGCGAGGGUGUUACGGAACGGUCGUGGUGAAGAGGUCUUUCCAAAAUGAUGCAGCGGCGCAAGAUUAUCGACUUGCUGCACACCAUAUCAAGUGCAUCGUGUAAGUGUCCUGCACACGCUCAUCCUGGUACGAGUGCCCUAGAUGCAAAAGUGCUCCUGAGUUCAGCCCAAAAUGCCACGCAAUCUAAGGAUUACGCCUUUGAGAUGGCGUGUUCCACAAUUCGCUAUGGGAAAGGAGUCACCCAAGAAAUUGGAAUGGAUAUGGUCAAUAUGAAAGCUAAGAAAGUGUGUGUUAUGACUGAUCCAUACAUUGCCAAACUUUCACCUCUUAAAGUAACAGUUGAUUCUCUUACAAAGAACGGUGUUAAUUUCGAAGUAUAUGAUAAAGUUCGAGUUGAGCCUACUGAAGAGAGUUUACAAGCAGCUACAAAAUUUGCCAGGGAUGGGAAGUUUGAUGCCUUCAUUGCUGUCGGGGGUGGAUCCGUUAUGGACACCUGUAAAGCAGCUAACUUGUACUGUUCUGAUCCAGAAGCUGAGUUCUUGGAUUAUGUGAAUCCACCUAUUGGCAAAGGAAAACCUGUUACAUGCAAUUUGAAACCUCUCAUUGCUGUACCUACUACGUCUGGUACUGGCAGUGAGACAACAGGUGUUAGUAUAUUUGAUUAUGAACCCCUGAAAGCCAAAACUGGUAUUGCCAAUCGUGCAAUCCGUCCCACUUUGGGCAUUGUGGAUCCACUGCACACUUUGUCUCUUCCAGAACGUGUUUGUGCAUUUAGUGGAUUUGAUGUCCUAUGCCACGCUUUGGAAUCUUUUACUGCUAUUCCCUAUGAUCAACGUUCACCAUGCCCUCCAAAUCCCUUGCUGCGACCUGCAUAUCAAGGACAGAAUCCUAUUUCAGAUGUCUGGGCAAAAUAUGCUCUUGUAGUUAUGAGAAAAUAUUUUGAGAGAGCUGUUUACAAUAGUGAUGAUGUCGAGGCCCGGUCUAGUAUGCACUUGGCAUCAACAAUGGCGGGGGUAGGAUUUGGAAAUGCUGGUGUUCAUUUGUGCCAUGGUAUGUCAUAUCCCAUAUCGGGAAAUGUGAAAAGUUACCAACCUGAAGGCUAUAGUAAAGACCAUCCCAUUAUCCCUCAUGGACUCUCUGUAGUAAUGGGUGCCCCUGCAGUUUUCUCAUUUACUGGCCCUGCAUGUCCUGAGAGACACUUGGAGGCAGCAGAAAUGCUGGGAACUGAUGUCAGCAAUGCUAAGCGUGCUGAUGCAGGAAAGAUACUUUCUGACACUGUUCGUCGUUACAUGCAAGUCAUGAAGGUGGAUAAUGGACUUGGUGCUUUAGGGUACACAAAGGAUGAUAUUCCUGGUUUGGUGCAAGGAACUUUACCCCAGCAUCGCAUCACAAAAUUGGCACCUAGAGAACAAUCCGAGGAAGAUCUUGCCAGUUUAUUUGAGAAUUCUUUGAGUGUCUAUUAAGAGAUACUGCACUAAUUGUUUUGUAAUUGCCAGAGAUGAGAAUACGUUUUGAGACCUUUGAAAUUUAGGAUCAAUUCAAAUGAGGAAUCGCUUACAAAUCACUCACAGCUGUGUAAACAAGUAAAAAUAUGUUAUCACAUGUCAAUAUAAGCUGCUUUGUUAUUUCCUUCAGAUGUGCCAACUGCAGAAAACUUUCACAGGAAGAAAAAGUAACAUAUGAGUAGUUCAGCGAGUUGAGAAGGAAUGCUGAACAUCUACGAGUCAGUUCAAUCAAUUCAGGAAUGAAUUGAAAUAGUACAAAAAAUGUCAAAGUUCUAUUUUUGUAUUAUUCUGUAUGUGUUUGUGAACAUACAUUUUUAUAACUUUGUUUAAUUUGUCCUAGGGUUUUACACAUUUUACUAAUAGUCACUGUAUCAAAUUUCAAUGUUACAUUUCUCUGCUAAGAUAAUUUCUCCUUGAAAUAUCAGUGUAAUUGUUUUAUGACUUAGAAAGUAAUAGUUAUAUUCCGAACCUACAGAAGUGUCUAACAAACUACGACACUGACAAAAGUACAGUGUCAUAAAAUACCUUAUUGUAAUAAAUAUAACUGCAACAUGUCUAGACGUGUUUUUUCCUUUUCCUUCCAUUCACUUCCC